AUGGGAGCUCCUGUUUCUGAUCCAAGUGUAUAUAGAAGACUAAUUGGGAAAUUAAAUUUCCUACAACACACAAGACCUGACAUCUUUUUUUCUGUCCAACAUCUAAGCCAAUUCCUUCAGAAGCCCCAGGUACCUCGUAUGAUGGCUGCUCUUCAUGUUCUAAGAUAUCUUUUGCAUGAUCCCACUCAAGGUAUUUUGCUCUCUAGUUCUGCUGAUUUGUCUCUUGUGGGAUUUUCUGAUUCUGAUUGGGGAUCCUGUGCAAUCUCUCACAAGUCUGUGAGUGAGUUUUAUAUCACUCUUGGUGGCAGUCUUGUGUCUUGGAAGAGCAAGAAACAACCUACCAUCUCUUUAUCUUCAGCUGAGGCUGAGUAUAGGGCCUUAAGAAAGUUGGUUGCAGAAGUUGCUUGGUUGGUCCGACUCUUAGGUGAUUUUGGUUUGGCCAUAUCACAUCAUGUUCCUGUCUAUUGCGGCAGUCAAGCUGUAUUUUAG